GAAAAGGGCCUUGAGAAACCGUUCAAAGAGUUUCAGCUUCAUCAAUUCUGCAGGCUUUCAGAACCCAAGCUGGAAAACUUAGGAGUUUCAGAGAAAAUACACUCAGUUAAGAUAGAAAAUGUAACUUAUGCCGAGAAAAGGAAAUACCACCCAAAACUUGAAGUGGUCCACGAAGCUGAAAUUGAGCAAAUGUUAAAAUUAGGCACCACUGAUUACUGCGAUUUAACAGAUUUUAUUGUAACGAUAGAAGAAGAGUUGAUGAUGCUCUCGCCGGUACUGAAACAAAAGAGAACUUUCGAAGAUCCAGAAAUGUCAGUGGAAUUAGUGGACAAUUUUUGGGCAGAAGUCACCAAAGAUGGAAAACUACAGGACAAGGCAGUGAUGUCUCAAGUGUACUGUCUUUGUUUCAUUAACAGUGGCGUAGAGUGCUUUUUAACAAUGAAUGACUCCGAGUUGCAAAGACUGUCAGUAGAUUAUUUUGGAAAGGAUAAUGAUGAAAAACUGAUCGAUAUUUCUGAGUAUCAUUUCCAUAAAUGUGUUAAAAAACAGGAAUUUAGUAAAUCCAGGAUAGUUAAAUUCACCCCAGUAGACGGAUGUAGGUUUGAGUUGAUGCGGUUUAAAACUCCUUGUAUAGUAGAAGAACUUCCCUUUUCUUUGAAGAGCUUGGUUGUGGUCCAGGGGGCCUACGUGGAGCUCCAAGCUUUCCUUAACAUGUCUUCUAGUGUGGUGGCUUCUCCGCAGAUACAGUUUUGUGAGAAUAUAACCAUCCAUUUCCCAGUUCCUGCACCAUGGGUAAAAGCGCUAUGGACAGCAAGUCUUCAGAGACAAAGGUCCCUGAAGACUAAGAUGAACCGCAGAGCUUGCCUGGGGUCCACAUAUGAAAUUGAAUCUGAGCCAGUAAUACAAGUGACCAUUGGGACAGCUAAGUACGAGUAUGCUUACAAGGCUGUUGUAUGGAAGAUUGACAGACUCCCAGACAAAAAUUCUAGUCCAGAUCAACCACACAGUUUAUCCUGCAAGCUUGAGCUGGGCUCAGACCAGGAGAUCCCCCGUAACUGGAAUUCUGUGGCGACGGUACAGUUUGUCAUGCCGGCUACAUGCGUCUCCGGGGCGGAGGUGAAAUCGAUGGGCAUCGAGAGUGAUAUCCAGCCCCAUAAACAUGUCUUGCAGAAAGCUUGCUACAACAUACAGGUGGAGAUUGAAAGAAAACUUAUUCCAGUGAGCGGAGAAGAUAUGGACAAAGCCGGGGAGUGUAUAACACAGUGA